AUGGCAGGCCAUCGAUGGGCUCUGACGUCAGCACUGUGCGCAUGCGUGGCGGCCGUCUCCCUCCUGUACGUGGGCGAGGUGCGUGCCGACUGCUGGCUGAUUGAGGGGGAGAAGGGUUUCGUGUGGCUGGCGAUCUGCAGCCAGAACCAGCCGCCAUAUGAGUCCAUCCCUCAGCAGAUCAACAGCACGAUCCUGGACUUGCGGCUGAACGACAACAAGAUCAAGACCGUGCAGUUCUCCUCCCUCAGCCGCUUCAGUAACCUCACAUACCUCAACCUGACCAAGAACGAGAUCUCCUACAUCGAGGACGGUGCCUUCUCGGGACAGUAUAACCUGCAGGUGCUGCAGCUCGGCUACAACCGCCUGAGGAACCUGACGGAGGGGAUCCUCCGGGGCCUGGGGAAGCUCGAGUACCUUUACCUCCAGGCUAACCUCAUUGAGACAGUUACCCCCAAUGCCUUCGGGGAGUGCCCCAACAUCAUGAACAUUGACUUGUCGGUGAACAGGAUCCAGCGGCUAGACAGCAACACCUUCAGGGGCCUGAGCAAACUCUCGGUCUGUGAACUCUACAGCAACCCCUUCUACUGCUCUUGCGAGCUCUUGGGCUUCCUUCAGUGGCUGGAGGGCUUCACCAACAUGACGCGCACCUACGACCGCAUGCAGUGUGACUCCCCGCCGGACUACUCGGGCUACUACCUUCUAGGCCAAGGGCGAAGCGGUUACCGAAAUGCCCUGGGCAUGCUCUCUUCCCUCUGCACGGGCGGCCCAUACACCAUGCCUCAUUUCAUCCCACCCAAGUACCCUGUGACGACAGCUCCGCCAGAGAGCCCGUGUCCCGAGGAAGAGUGCUUCUCGGGUGACGGCACCACGCCGCAGGCCUCGCUGCACACACCCGUGAUUGAUCCGGGCUUGUACCCCACCAUGAAAGUGAAGCACGUGACCCACAACUCAGCUACCCUGAGCGUACAGAUCCCAGUGCCCUACAGCAAAAUGUACACCUUGGCGCAGUUUGAGAACGGCCGGUACAACGUCCUCGCCAAGCUGCUGAAGAAGAAAGAAGACAUCGAGCUGACGAACCUGGUGGCGAACGAAGACUACACUUACUGCGUGAUGUCUUCCAACCGAGUCUCGAGGUACAACUACACUUGCCUCACCAUUAACCUCAACAAACAGAACAGGGAGGAGCCGAUACCCACCUCUUCCACGGCCACUCACUACAUCAUGACGAUCUUGGGCUGCCUGUUCGGCAUGGUUAUCGUCUUAGGGGUGGUGUACUAUUGCCUUCGGAAGAAGCGUCAUCAGGAGGAAAAGCACAAGAAGGCCGCCGUCAACAUGAAGAAGACCAUCAUCGAGCUGAAAUACGGGCCAGAGAUGGAGACGACAAGCAUCUCUCAGCUAUCACAAGGCCAGAUGCUGGGUGGUGAAACCGUGACCCGCAUCCCUUACCUUCCUUCUGUUGGAGAGGUUGAGCAGUACAAACUGAUUGACAGCAGCGAGACCCCCAAGACCACCAAGGGUAACUACAUGGAAGUACGCACGGGAGAGCAGCCCGAACGGAGGGAAUGUGAAUUACCAAUGGCACCCGACAGCCAGAGCUCCGUGGCGGAGAUCUCCACCAUCACCAAGGAGGUGGAUAAGGUGAACCAAAUCAUCAACAACUGCAUCGAUGCCUUGAAAUCAGAGUCCACCUCCUUCCAGGGGGUGAAGUCGGGAGCAGUGUCCACAGCAGAGCCUCAACUGGUGCUUUUAUCGGAACAGAUCCCUGGCAAGCAUGGCUUCCUGGCCCCCGUCUACAAGGAAAGCUACAACCACCCCUUACAGAGGCACCACAGCAUGGAGGCCCCCCCAAAGCGUUCCAGCACUUCUUCCAGCGGCUCCAUACGAAGCCCCCGAUCCUUCCGCUCAGAGGGCUCCGGCCACAAAUCAGAAGCCAAAUAUAUCGAGAAGACAUCUCCGACCGCAGACACCAUUCUCACUGUGACGCCGGCUGCCGCUAUCCUGCGGGCCGAGGCUGAGAAGAUCCGACAAUAUAGCGAGCACCGGCACUCGUACCCAGGGUCCCAUCAAGGGGAGCAGCACGACAGCAUGGCGGGGCGCAAGCCCUCCAUCUUGGAGCCGCUGACCCGGCCCCGCCCCAGAGACUUGGCCUACUCACAACUUUCGCCUCAGUACCACAACCUGAGCUACACCUCCAGCCCCGAGUACACGUGCAAGCCAUCCCACAGCAUCUGGGAGCGCUUCAAACUGAACCGCAAGAGGCACAAAGAUGAGGAGGAGUACAUGGCCGCUGGUCAUGCCCUGCGCAAAAAGGUCCAGUUUGCCAAAGACGAGGAUCUUCACGACAUCUUAGACUACUGGAAAGGGGUGUCCGCCCAGCACAAGUCCUGA